CAUCUCAUUCUCCACUGCCACUCUCUCUCCGGCUCCUCUGACGCGAAGCUCCUCGUGGGAAAGAUCAAACCUUCGCUCCAAGGCGCCAGCGAGAGCCUCCUCUUGUCCUCUUGGAACUCAUCUGUUCCCGUCUGCCAAUGGAGAGGGGUAAAAUGGGUAUUCUCAGACGGCUCCCCUCUCCAAUGCACCGCCCUCUCUUCUUCACCCCCAACCCAAUGGACAAACCUCUCUCUCUACAACGACUCCUCCCUCCACCUCCUCUCUCUCCAGCUCCCUUCCGCUAACCUCACCGGCUCCCUCCCCGGAGAGCUCGGCGAGUUCUCCAUGCUCCGAAGCCUCUUCCUCAACAUCAACGCCUUGAGCGGGCCCAUCCCUCUCGAGCUCGGCUACGCUUCCUCUCUCUCCGACGUUGAUCUGAGCGGUAACGCCCUAGCCGGGGCCUUCCCUCCGUCGAUUUGGAACCUCUGUGAGAACCUCGUCUCGUUGAAGCUUCACGAUAACUCCUUCUCCGGGGCCUUGCCUGAGCCCGCCUUGCCGAACUCGACUUGUGGUAAUCUCCAAGUUCUUGAUUUGGGUGGCAAUAAGCUCUCAGGCGAGUUCCCUGAGUACGUAACAAAGUUUAAAGCUCUCAAGUUGCUUGAUCUUUCGAGUAACCUCUUUGAAGGCUCUGUUCCCGAUGGUUUGGGGUUGUUACAGCUAGAAAGUCUCGAUCUUUCUCACAAUAACUUUAGUGGGAUGCUCCCGAGUUUCUUCGGUGAUUCCAAGUUUGGAGCUGAGUCUUUCCAAGGGAACAAUCCUAGCCUCUGUGGUUUGCCUUUGAAGCCGUGUCUAGGCUCCUCUAGGUUGAGUCCUGGCGCCGUCGCUGGACUGGUGAUAGGUUUAAUGUCUGGAGCGGUCGUUGUCGCGUCGUUGCUGAUAGGGUACUUGCAGAACAAGAAGAGGAAGAGUAGUAUAGAGAGUGAAGAUGAUCUGGAAGAAGGCGACGAAGAAGAUGAGGUUGAUGGUGAAGGGAAGUUAGUUGUGUUCCAAGGCGGUGAGAAUCUGACGUUGGAAGAGGUUUUGAACGCGACGGGGCAAGUCAUGGAGAAGACCAACUACGGUACGGUCUACAAGGCCAAGCUUAGCGAUGGAGGGAACAUCGCGUUGAGGCUGUUGAGAGAAGGUACUUGCAAGGAUAGAAGCUCUUGUCUGCCUGUUAUAAAGCAGCUAGGACGCGUUCGCCACGAGAAUCUGGUUCCUUUGAGAGCUUUCUAUCAGGGGAAGAGAGGAGAGAAGCUGCUCAUCUAUGACUACAUUCCCAACAUAAGCCUACAUGAUUUGUUGCACGAAAGCAAACCGGGGAAGCCGGCUUUGAACUGGGCCAGGAGACACAAGAUUGCGUUGGGAAUAGCGAGAGGACUUGCUUAUCUUCACACCGGACAAGAAGCUCCCAUCAUCCACGGCAAUAUAAGAUCGAAAAACGUGCUGGUCGACGACUUCUUCUUCGCUAGGCUAACUGAGUUUGGGCUUGAUAAGAUUAUGGUGCAAGCGGUGGCGGAUGAGAUCGUCUCGCAGGCGAAAUCAGACGGGUACAAGGCGCCUGAGCUCCACAAGAUGAAGAAAUGCAAUCCGAGGAGCGACGUUUACGCGUUUGGGAUCCUUCUCUUGGAGAUGCUGAUGGGGAAGAAGCCUGGAAAGAGUGGGAGGAACGGUGGCGAGUACGUGGAUCUGCCUUCUUUGGUUAAAGCCGCGGUGUUGGAGGAGACGACGAUGGAGGUUUUCGACUUGGAGGCGAUGAAAGGGAUCAGGAGUCCGAUGGAGGAAGGUUUGGUUCAUGCGUUGAAGCUAGCGAUGGGAUGCUGUGCUCCUGUCACGACGGUUAGACCGAGUAUGGAAGAGGUUGUGAAGCAGUUGGAAGAGAACAGGCCGAGGAAUAGAUCAGCGUUGUAUAGCCCUACGGAAACGAGGAGCGACGCUGAGACACCAUGCUGAGUUUGGUUUCUGUUUUACAAAGCUUUUUUUUUUUGUAAUUCUCUCACUUUUGUUGUUGGUUAUAUGCAUUUGUUGUUUCAUAGGAAAGGGAACCAUUCUGAUUUCAUUUUUAUUUUUAGUUUAUAUUUGUCAAUGACAAUGGUGUUAACAGAAGCAGAAGAAGCUAAUAUGAUGAAUCUACUUCGGUUA